AUGAAAUAAUAUUUAACUACAGCAUUUGUGGCCUUGCUAAUGGCAGCUGGAUAUUACAAUGUUUCUUAUGAAAAUAAAUCAGACUUUGAGGUUUGGGCAACACAAAAUAACAAGUUUUAUACCGAAUCCGAAAAAAUGUACAGAAUGGGAAUAUACUAUUCCAACAAGAAAAUGAUUGAAGAACAUAACAAAAGAGACGAUGUUACUUAUAAAAUGGGGGAGAAUUAAUUUAUGGCUCUUACAAACGAAGAGUUUGUUGACCUCUAUUUAUAAAAAAGUAUUCCUCCUAUGGAUACAAUCGAAUUGUUAAUCCCAAAAAUUUAACUUGAAGGAUUAAAUGCAGUUGAUUGGAAAAAUUACUCAUCUGUCAAAUAUCAAGGUAAUUGCCAUGCAGGAUAUGCCUUUUCUGUAAGUAAUUCAGUGGAAGCCUGGUAUGGAAUAAAAAAAUAUUAAAAAAUAUCUCCAUCCACCUAACAAAUAAUAGACUGUGAUUAUAACUCUUCAGGAUGUGAUGGAGGUUAUAAUAUGUACGCUAUGGAUUAUGUACGCAGUGUAGGAUUGACAUCAAACUAAAGUUAUCCAUAUGCUGACAAAGAAUAGGUUUGUAAAUAAUCAAGAAAUGGCUCAUAUUUUAUUUCAGGCUAUUUAUUUGUCGGAGGGUAUUAAGAGAACUUAUAGUAUUACUUAUCCAAUUAUCCAGUGUCAGUGGCAGUUAAUGCUAAUAAUUGGUAGUUUUAUAAUUCAGGAGUAUUUUAAAACUGUACUUCAAAUGAGACUAAUCAUCAUGCAUUGGCAGUAGGUUUUGAUAAUAAUAGUAAUUGGAUUGUUUAAAAUUCAUGGGGAUCUUGGUGGGGUGAAGAUGGACAUAUCAGAUUAAAAGAAUAGAAUACAUGUGGUAUCUUAAAUUAUGCUUAUCAAAUCUAUUGA